GGCCUCGCCGAGCCCAGAAAAACGACAACGCGAGAAAAAUUAGUAUUUUUGCACUUCACAAAUUAAUGACCAUGAGUUCGUUUUUGAUAAACUCCAACUACAUCGAGCCCAAAUUCCCUCCCUGCGAGGAAUACACGCAGCACAGCGGCAGCGCCGGCAGCUCCGCCAGCUACCACCCGCACCACUCGCACCCGCACGCCCCGCCGCCGCCGCCGCCGCCGCACCUGCACGCCGCGCACCCGGGCCCGGCGCUGCCCGAGUACUUCCCGCGGCCGCGCCGGGAACCGGGCUACCAGGCUCCCGCCGCGCCGCCGGGGCCGCCGGGGCCGCCUCCCGAGGCGCUCUACCCCGCGCAGGCACCCUCCUACCCCCAGGCGCCCUACAGCUACAGCAGCGCCGGCAGCGCCGCCCCGGGCCCCGAGCAGCCGCCCCCGGGCGCCUCGCCGCCGCCGCCCGCCAAGGGCCACCCCGGCCCGCCCCAGCCCCUGCUCCCAGGCCAUGCCCUGCAGCGCCGCUGCGAAGCAGCCCCGGCCGCCGGGGCCGGCACCGGGCCCGCCUGUCCGCUGCUGCCCGACAAGAGCCUGCCCGGGCUGAAGGGGAAGGAGCCGGUGGUCUACCCCUGGAUGAAGAAGAUCCAUGUGAGCACGGUCAACCCCAAUUACAACGGAGGGGAGCCCAAGAGGUCUCGCACUGCCUACACCAGACAGCAGGUCCUGGAGCUGGAGAAGGAGUUUCACUUCAACCGCUACCUGACCAGAAGGCGACGCAUCGAGAUCGCGCACACCCUCUGCCUCUCCGAGCGCCAGGUCAAAAUCUGGUUCCAGAACAGGCGCAUGAAGUGGAAGAAAGACCAUAAACUGCCUAACACAAAGAUGCGUUCCUCAAACCAGUCUACACUGAGCCAGCAGUCCAAAGCACAGACACAGGGCCACCCCCAUCCGCUCGAUGGGGCUACACCCAACUCAGCUGCGCUAUAAAUACGGUUUUUGCUUUGAGUCUUUUUGGUCCUUUUUUGUUUG